AUGGUCCACGCAGACGCAGCAGCACUCCCAUCCUACGUCAUCACCAAAUCCGACUUCUACGACCACCUCUCUUCCUCGCUCACAUCCCUCAUCGACCCCGGCACCGACUGGAUCUCAUCCCUCUCCAAUGCCUCGUCACUCAUCUUCAACUCCAUGAACCGCUUCCCCUCUUUCGCCUCAAAACGUAUCAACUGGGCUGGCUUCUACCUCCUUUCUCCCCUCCUACCUUCCGAAGUACACAACCGCAAGACCCGAAGAGCUCCAACACUCCUCCUUGGACCAUUCAAUGGCUUACCCGCUUGUCAACUCAUCUCGUCCGUACCUGGAAAGGGAGUCUGUGCUGAUGCUUCCGCUCUACUCCCACCCCGCGUGGUUCGAGUGCAAGAUACGGAAGCAUACCCGGGCCACAUUGCUUGCGACUCACUAAGCAAAUCCGAGAUCGUAGUCCCAUUGGUGAUUAAAAGAGAAAGACUAGCGAGAGUGCACCAAGAUGCCUUGGAGCAACAGAGUCCAAGAGCGCGAGGCAACGCAGCGCAAGUAGAGGACAAGUCGUGGGCCGGAAGAGGCGAUGAUGAUGAGGUGAUCAUUGGUGUUUUGGACAUCGACUGCGAGUCGUUGAACGGGUUUGACGAGCAAGAUGAGAAGAGGCUGCAAGAGAUUGCUCAGUUGAUUGUCGAUCGUUCGGCUUGGUAG